AUGAGUGGUAAUGUUGAACUUGUUACUUUCUUAGUUGAAAAGGGUUGUGACAUUAAUGCUAAAUCACCAGCAAACACGCAGCCAAUAAAUUAUGCAGUACAGUCAGCAAAUAUCAAUUUAGUUAACUACUUUAUUGAGAAAAGUGAAGAUGUUAACGUAAAAGCAAAAUUAUAUUCAAAGAAAUCAACAGGAGUUACUCCAUUACAUAUUUCAUGCUUUGUUCAUGAUGAAGAGAUCGCCAGUGCACUUAUUUUUCAUGGAGCAAAUGUUAAUGAAAAGAUAGGAGAAUACAAUGGAAAGAAGAACUUAAGCAUCAUUCAUUUGGCUACAAUUGAAGAUUCGCCUUCUAUUGUCGAGAUUUUGGUUAAAAAUAAAGCUGAUGUCAAAGCUAUUGAUGACGAAGGAAAAACAUGCCUUAUGACUGCCGCUGAGAACAGCGCAUUUGAAAAGAAGUGCCUCCACUCUCAAUUUUGA